ACCGGUGUGUCCAACCCACUUAUCAACAUUAAAGCUGCUUCUCCUGCCCUUCCACGGCGCAGCAAUGAAUCACCUUUCAAGGUCUCUAACGUACUCACUCUCUUUCUUCCAGAGGACGGCACUGGCGCCGCUGGAGGUUCAUGGACACCAGAUGCAGUGGAUUCGCGGGAUUAGGGUUAAGGUAUUUAAUGAUAAUUUGGAGCAAGCGCUGAAUGUUUUGGAGAGGAAGAUGAAGUCUAGCGGAAUGGAGAGGCUUAUCAAGCGCCAUACUGACCAUCACGUAAAGAACUCGGAGAAGCGCGUUCUUGCUCGCAAGAACCUCGAGCUCCGGAUCCGUUCCGAGGAACUUUCCCGCAAACUCCGCUCCAUCCUAGUCAAGAAGAUCAGCACCUUCUCCAUCUCGUUUAAUAUGGUUGAGUACCUGACUUCUACUGAGCCUUAGUUCUACAUCAUCCUAUUACCCUUCAUAAAGGGGUCUAUGAAGAUUGCAGCUGUAAUGGGAAAAUGAAAUCGGAAUAUAAAGCCUCUCUUAUGUUUCAUUAGUGUGUCUGUUGAUUUCUAUGAAAGGUACUUUUAAUAGCUUAGCUGAUGUUUUUUUUUUUUAAUAUAAUUUAUUUGAAGUUAUCCUAGGUUUAAUACAGCUCCUUAGUAAAAUUUUGUUCUGGAACUAAACUCAUUAGUAGUGAACUUGGCCUUUAUUUGAGAUCCCCAGUUAUGUAAAAUGAGCCUUUAUAUUUUAUAAUACACAGUGAGAUAUUAACGAAUCA